AUGCCUAGAGCCAGAAAAGGUACAUUAAUUCAGUGUGACCCAUCAGUCAGGGCUUUAAUUUCGCAAAUUGAUACAAAUAGAGAUCAUGAUAUAAUACUGGAAGAAUUAGAUGAUUCUCAUUUAUUGGUUAAUCCUGAAAGUGUUGAAUAUAUAAAGUCUGAAUUAGAUAGAAUACUUUCCAAAAAUAUUUAUAAUCCAAUGGACGAAGAAGAAAAUGCUAAAAGCAAAUAA